AUGGCAAGUGGCGGAACGAAUCAAAAUCCACCAGAUGAUAGUUUCAAGAAUUUCCUGACAGAGGUCAAAGCUAUUGAAAAACGCGAUUCCGUACUAACAAGUGAGCAACAAAUUCAACGCCUCACUAAACCUGGAUCCAGUUAUCUUAAUCUAAACCCUUUCGAGGUAUUGCAAGCUGAUCCUUCAGCCGAUAAAACCGAACUGAAGAAAAAAUAUCGAACGCUCUCUAUACUGGUACAUCCUGACAAGAAUCUAGAACGAGAAGAAUCAGCUCGUAAAGCGUUUGAUGCUAUUAGUAAAGCUUAUAAAUUAUUGGAAGAUGAAGAUGAAACUAAGAAAAUAUUGCAAAUUAUAGAAGAUGCCAAGGCCCUAUCCAGUAAAAAAUUAUCUGAUAAGCGUAAGGAGGCGAAAAAGUUAGGCAACUUACCUAUAGAGGAAGAUAAAGACCCUGAAUUGAUGAAGAAAUUCGUUCGUAACACUACAGUUAAAUUGUUUGCCGACUACGAAUUAAGAAGAAAGCAAUUAGAAAGGAGAGAAACCGAAGAAAAAAAGCGUCAAAGGAACGAAGAAAUAGUAGAAGAAGAAAGAAAAAAGAAGGAGGCAAAGUUCAAAGAUGCUUGGGAGAAAUCUCGAACGAACAGAGUUGAUAAUUGGAGGAAUUUUAAAACUGGAGGAGUUAGUAAACAUAAAGAAAAGUAUCAAAAGACGGCUUUCAAACCUCCAACCUUAAAACCUGAGAAGCGUUAA